AUGGAUGUCCUCUACAUGGCGCGUGAUCCCCCGGGUGCAAGGUUCCCGGGAAAGUUCCGUAUUGGGGCUGAUAUCACUAAUCCCAGAUACGUAUUCGAAAGCCGUCCCAACGGCCGUGGCCCCCGCCCCACCGGACCGUCCCGCUUCAUUCGCAUUGCUAACCACCGUGAAUUUCUCGUGUGCGUCGAAGGUGCCUCAAUCGAAGAUCCCGAUAACUCGCAGAUAAUCUCGGCCGGAUGCGCCUUCAAGAUGAACGCCCACGGUGGUAUUGUCCGGUUCCCGUUGGAAGAUGAAAUUCCCACGGGAGAAUCGAACUCGAAGAGCACGACCAAUGCGGCCGUUCGUGCUACUAUCGGCUUUUUGCAAUCUCGUGAUUGGUCUCGUGAGGGUUUUGACCGUCUUGUUAUUGCGUCGAGCAAUGAGAGUCUUGUGGAGGGAAUUACGGUUAAUAUGCGACACUGGGUGCGAAAUGGAUGGUUCAAACGCGACACCGAUAUCCCUAUCAAGGAUGUUGAGCUCUGGGAACUUCUUUUCGAUGAAAUUCAGACGUAUGAUACCCGGGGUUUGACUAUCACCUUCUGGCACAUCAAUGGCGGGUGGAGCCAGGAGACUCUUGCGCAUGCUGAGUUGGCUGCUGAGAUGGACGCUCCCGAGAGUUGGAAAAGAAUCCGGGCUACGGGGAUUUAG